UAGACUGUCAAGUGUCAACAGAAUGGUCAUCAAUGUCAAGUCAACAGAUUUCAUGUCAACAGCACAGCAUGUGUCAACAGUGUUAACCUCAAGUAGUCAAUAGUCAAUUCAUUAUUCAUUGUUUAAGUUUAAUUUCGAGUUUCAGUUAUUUGUUACUAGUUGAGUUCCGGUUCCUCUGAUCUAGCUCUGAUCCUGAAAAAAUACUCAAUCGUUUGUAAAAUGAACCUGAAUGAACCAAAAUGAUUGAAAGGACAAGCAUUGUCAUAUUUGUACUAUUCAGUGCUACUUUUUCAUUGAAUUAUUGCCUAGCUGAAUCAUGUGUUAAACAAAAUCCAUGUCUCUGUGAAAUAGAGGAUGAUACAAAAAUAGACAUAUCCACUUUAAUGAGUAGUCUAACUCCUCAAUAUCUUGAAGACAGUCAAGGAAAUCGGACUUACUAUUUUUCUGGAUGCAGGGAUGCAAAUGUAACUGUCAAUACAUAUCAAAAUGGCACAGCUCCUAAAUACAUUUUAGGUUCACUUAUUCAGGUUGAAAAUGGUAAGAACUCUCCUGAUAUCACUGUAUUAGGCUUGGCCCAUGAAAUCCAUUUCAAUAAAAAUGCUGAAAAUAAAUAUGAAAUUGUUUACAAUAAUAAUCAUACGUCCAAAAUAGAACUGAUUUGUGAUGACUUCAAAGUGCCAUUAUUCAAAACCAUAGACUCAAUAAAUAAGGAGUUUGCCAUAGCAUCUCCAAAAGCUUGUUUAGUUGUAGAACCUCAAGGAAUGAGUGGUGGUUCAAAAUUCAUAAUAGUCCUCAUCAUCAUAAUAUCAGUUUAUUUCAUUGGAGGAGGACUGGUCAUGUACCUAAUUCGAGGGGCAAGAGGAAUAGAAGUGAUUCCAAACAUAGAAUUUUGGAGGAAUUUGCCAGGUUUAGUGAAGGAUGGCAUCAUAUUUCUACUCUCUGGCUGCAGACCAACACUUGUUACAUCAGCAGAGACAUAUGAUAGAAUCUGAAUUAAAUGUAAUGUAAAAUUAAAUGACAUGGCAUGAUAAUUUUUUGAGAUAUGAGACUUAAUUGGGUAUUGGUAUUUUUAUAUCAAAUGAUGAAAUAAAUUCAAAACUUCCAACAGCUAUGAAU